AUGCCGCGGCGGGUACUCUUUCCGCACCUGCUGUGCCCGGAGGAAAGCCCUCCACCGGAAAAGGGCCGGGGUGCUGCCACGCCGCAGAAACUGACAGGCAAGCGCCGGUUGGAGCCGAAAGAGGCUCCGCUCGGGAAGCCGCUGGCGAUCGCGGGCCGGCGGAAGGAAGCGAAGGGAGCGGAAGCACCCGGUCCGGAAGCGGAUGAGGCGAAAGAGGCAGUGCAACCGCCAGAGUCGAGGCACACGCCGAAGCCUGAGCCGCCCUUGGCAAGCGAUGAGGUGGUCUUCAGCUGGUCGGGGCUGCUGGUGACCUCCCGGGAUCUCCAGUGCCUGGAGGAUGGCGAGAUGCUGAACGACGCUGUCGUGGAUUUCUUCCUGCAGCUCAUGCAGAGCUUCCUCCCCUCGCGCGACCUGUUGGUCUUCUCCAGCCACUUCUUCACACGGCUGACGGCGGCGCAGGCGACAAACGGCGAAGUUGGCUGGGAGAACGUGAAGGGAUGGACCAAGAAGAAGUCGCUAUUUGCUCAGAAGCUCCUGGUGGUGCCGAUCAAUUGCGAGCUCCACUGGUGGCUCGCCCUGCUGCACCUGGAUGCCUCUGCUUGCUGCCUCUCCUGGUUGGACUCCUUGCCUGGCAAGGAGUCUCGGUACCUACAUGUCCAGCGGUUCCUGUCAGGCUACCUUCGCCGCGAGAGCCGUGAGCGCGGCACUCCGCCUCUCGAGGGUCCUGUGGCGUCGCGCCACCUACCAGCACAGCUUCAGGACAACGGCGUGGAUUGUGGAGUAUUCCUCCUGGACAACGUGUGGCGCCUGCUUUGCGCAGGGGGAUCUGUGGAUGAUGUGGAGUGGUGCAGCCAGGCCGCCGCGGCGUCGCGCCGCGCCAAGCUCCGGCGGAUUUCGUAUCGCCUGGCGCAGCUGAGGGGCGAUGCCGCGGUGUUGGUGGAGCAGCCAGAGCUUUUGGCCAAGCUGCAGCAGAUCUGGGGCCGACCCUGA